CUUUCCUUGCCACAAGCCGCUUUAGAGGCUUCGCCUUGUUUCCCUGUAAACGCCACUGGCCGCUUUAGCAGCUUUGGUGACGUAAUUCGGUUACAUAACUUUGGCUUUGGUUUUCUCCAUAAUGUUGUUGCUAUAGAUACCUUUCAUUUAUUUAAUCCUGUAGACAAAGGAUGAAACCACAGGCACACGUGUUCUUUGUCACAUGUUUCUAUAUGAAAUUUUUGAAAUAUCAACCGUUGAACUUUGUUUUGAGUUAGGCCAUGUUUGUUGAGCGAAGGAAGCAUGGCGACGAACGACUGUAGUGCAUUGAGUGAUAGUGAUUCUGAAAGUAGCGAUUCCUCUGCUGCCGAUAUCGGAGAUUUUAGUAGCGAAUUUAUCGAUGAAUUCUACGAUGUUUUUGGAGAUUCGGAUGAUGAAGAAGAGGAGUUUGAGGGAUUUCGUUUCGAAAUGCCGGAGGUCAAAUGGGCGUUGGGAGGAAAUGUGCGAAGACAAUCAGCUGAUGCUGAAACUGUAGAUGAAAGGCCAAAACCUGCAGAAGUAGCAAAUCUUUCGUUGGAUGCAAAGCCAAUCGAAUAUUUGCAAUUAUUUUUAUCAGAUGAACUACUGCAAAGAGUUGUAGACUGGACCAUUUUGAACGCAGAAAAAAAAUUGGGUGCAACCGAAGGAGAACGCUGGACUAUAACCUUGGAUGAAGUCAAAGCAUAUUUAGGUGUUGUACUAAUUGCAAACAGUUUGCUAACAACACCCAGAAAUGAAAGAUACUUCAUAGCAGACGAAAAUAAAUGGAUCUUUCAUACAAAUAUUUGCAAAGUCUUUUCAAAGAACAGAUUUAGAGAAAUCCAAAGAUUUAUCCAUUUUUGCGAUCCAAAUAUUCCCGCAACAAACGACCGUUUGUACAAGGUUAGGCCAGUUAUUGACCAUUUGCAAGAGAAGUUUCGGGAGAUGUAUGUUUUGGGAAGAGAAAUUUCAGUAGAUGAAAGCAUGAUCCCAUUCAAAGGGCACAUUGCUUGGAACCAGAGAAUGCCGCAAAAACCAGUGAAGGUUGGAAUCAAAGUGUUUGUUGUAGCAGACUCGCAAACGGGUUACUGCUGGAAUUUCCAAAUUUAUACUGGAAAGGUAACAGAUCAAGAAGAUGAUGUUGGAGACCUUGGCAAAACUGAUCGUGUUGUGAUCGAUUUGGUUAAAAAUUUAACCCACCAAGGACAUCAUUUAUACCUUGACAAUUUUUACACUAGUGUGCCCCUUGUUUUAUUCCUGGAGAGCCAGGGAAUUUAUACAUGCGGGACAAUAAGGUCAAAUCGCAGAUAUUAUCCUAGUGAUAUUCUCUCCAGAAAUGCAAAAUCGAUGGCUAGGGGAGAAUUCAAUUUUGCAUUUUUCAAAGGCCUAACUGCUCUAAUGUGGAAAGAUUCAAAGCCUGUCUAUUUCCUCAGUUCAAUUCAUGAUGCCACACUUGGAAAACCAGCAACAAGAAACCUAAAGAAGAACGGCAAAUACGAAAAGAUACAAAUAGCCUGUCCAAUUCUUGUCAGCGAUUACAACACAAAUAUGGCUGGUGUGGACAAAAGUGACCAACAAUCUGUUGUGAAAAAGGAUAAGAAACAGAAGACUUAUUAUAUGAGAAUAUUUAUAUCCUUUUUCAUGAAAUGUAUAGACAAUUCUUACAUAAUUGAAGGGCAUGUCAAGCCUCAUGUUGUUCAGGGUAAGGCCAAACGAGACCUUCUCUCUUUCAAGGAAGAACUUGCCAUACAAUUGGUUGGCAAUGUCCGUGCAAAGGGGAAAGGAAGAAAAAGAAAGAGGACAGAGGAAGAUAAUAGGUUACAAAAUGUUGGGGCUCAUCUGCCAAAAAAAGGCCAAGGCAAAGACCACAGAUGUCUUGUCUGCAAGAGAAAAAGGCAGAAUUGGAUAAAGCAGAACCCAGAUGCUGAUCCAAAGAACUGCCCAUUUAGUUUAUCAAAAACAACUUUUUGCUGUGCAGGUUGUGAGCCACAGGACACUGUAUACCUCUGCAUAACAAAGGAAAAUAACUGCUUUAUUAACUAUCACACCAAAGUUAAAUUUUGGCUAUAAUAAGUGUGACUAAUAUCCUAUUUUAACAUUAAUUCUCUAAUAUAUUUUUUAUACAGAUGUAUUUCUUUACUGUUUUCUAGUACUGAGAUGAAAGUUGCAUUUUUGGAUUCCUUGGGAAUUUUUCUUUCUGUUAAUAUAGGGGUGUCUAUACAACAUAUCAACUCCUUCUUAGUCAAAAAUCAAUUUGAAAAAGUUUGCUCGGAAUUCUGUUUAAAGCCUCAGAAAAUAGGCGUUUGAGGACUUUUUCGCAGGGGAAUUUGGCAAGGAAAGGGUCCUGGAGAAGUUUACAUGCUUUCUUUACGGUUUUUCAACAACUGUCACCAAGGCCAAUGACGCCUGCUCAAAGAGUUUCUGGAAGAUUUUUUUUUAACUUAGUUUAAUGCCACCGUGUGUUGCCAAUCUCAUUUGCACAAAGCUACAUUAGCUUAUGUUGCAAACAUUUACAUAAAUGCAGACCAGUUGGAGUUAAGCAUUGGCAGUCCAGUUGAUCAUGGUUGGGAUGCAGCCGGUAACGCAUUGUGGAGUAAAGAUAUAUACCUAGAUAAUAAUGCCGAGUUGCUUCUAAAUAUCAAUCAAGAUGCUGAAAAAGACAAUAUUGACCCAAUGAAUGACAAUUGCUUUGAGGAUGAGUAUAGCAAUGACUCUGAUGACAACGGAUACUAGAAUGUUUAUUCAAAACAACUUUAAAUGUUUAUUAGCCUUUUUAAGCUUUUAAAGCAAAUCUAUGUGUGCAGCAGAUUUUACUCUAAAAAUAUUGAAAACGAUAAAUGCACGAUUUCAGCAUGAAAAAUGGACCAGUGCAUUCAGACUUCCGCCGUAUGAGAUUAACCUUCGAAAUCAGUAUAUCGAAAUUGAUGAGAAUAAAAAAUUUACAAACUUUUUUUCAACGUUCAAAUUUUGAUGAAAACGAGGUUUGGACGUGAAAUAGAGGCUUCCUGGUACCGAAUUUCUCCGUAUAACAUCUAUUUUCGUAAUCAGCGUAUCGAAAUUGACCAAAUAGAGUUGGUCUUGCAAAUUCCCUCGAUGGGUGACGAUACCCCCCCCCUCCCUCGCCUGGUCUAGUAGGAAUUCCUUAAUUAUAUAGACCAAAGUUGCUCCUUAUUGUUUGAGCAUCAGAGUUUGUUAUCAAUUACAGGGCCAUAAGAAACAGGGGGCUGGAGCCCCCCCUAAUAAUAAUUUUCAAACUGUACUACAUUUUCUUUAUAGCAGUUUACAAAAUAGGAAGCAAAACGAUGAGCUGUCCCCUAAUAUCAAGAUCUUGCUAAUAUGAAUUUUGUUCCAACAGCACUGAUUUAUUCUCCAGCUGAGUAGUUUAAACAGACACAUUUCUUAUUAAGCCCUGGUUACAGGAAAGAAUAUUCAACAAGAAUACUAAAAUUAUUUGGUUAUUCUUGUUGUAUUCAGAUGAAAAAUUUAACAAAGAAUAAUCUUGCCACCAAAUUUUGCUUGAAAAGUUGUGACAGUAAGCAGAGUGUGACUGUAAACGGAGCUUAAACUAAAAGUUUUUCAUGUUUGGGACUAGAGAUUUUAUGUGACUGUAACCAAAAAUGUGACAUAAGCAGAGUGACUGUAAGGGGAGUCAACUGUAACUCUUUUUAUUAAAGUAAAAUAUUUUUUAUAAGAACCAGUGAAUUGAAGUUCAAGCUGGCUUGCCCGUUCUUAACUUUUUUGAAAAACAGAGGGUGGAUUGUUCUUAAUUUGUUCAAUUGGUAGUGCAAUUGAUAGCUAUUGUGGGAGGUUUACAGGACUUGUUUGUCAAUAGAGUAAGUAACAAGACAUAUUUUAUUUAUUUUUUUUCACUGAUAAACUCUUAGAUGGCAAACACUCUUCUUUUUAGAUGGAAAAUUUUUCAAAGUUACAUUUUACAGUAUCUCAGCCCUAGCUUGUUCCUAAUUUUACCAAUUUUGAGCUUGGUGUGCUUUUAUACAUUGUCCUUUUAAAAAGUGUAUAUUCAUUUCUAAUCUUGAACUCUUACAUGCUCUGACAUUAUUUAUUUUACCUUAGUCAUAUUUGGCAGCAAAAUAGUUGAUGUGGACUUGCAGAAAAAGUUAUAUUCACAUGAAUAUGUAUAAGAAUAUAAUCCCUUUAAUGACUCUCAUUGUUAUGCUGCCCCCAUUAAAGAUUGUUUAUCUACUAAUACUAAUAUGCGGAUAUGCAAAUGAGCCCCGAACAAAAGAUCCACACCGCACGGCGGUUCAACCCCUUUUUCUCCCCGAAGGGCAGCGCGGAUUUUCCCCGGCAAGGUCUCAAAUCGAAGCUAGAUAAUUGAUUUGCUAUCAAAAAGGUAUAAUGUUUUUUUUCCUGCCUUGUUUCUCGAGAUAUUUGGCGUUUUCUGAAGCAUCGUCUCGAUCACCGUUAGUGCUCUCCGUGGUCUUUGUCCCGUGUUUCUAAAGGUUCUUUCUCUCUCUUUUCUCUUACUCUCUGCAAAAGAUUGCCACACCGCACGGCGGUUCAACCCCUUUUUCUCCCCGAAGGGCAGAGCGGAUCUUCCCCGGCAAGGUCUCAAAUCGAAGCUAGAUAAUUGAUUUGCUAUCAAAAAGGUAAAAUGUUUUUUUUCCUGCCUUGUUUCUCGAGAUAUUUGGCGUUUUCUGAAGCAUCGUCUCGAUCACCGUUAGUGCUCUCCGUGGUCUUUGUCCCGUGUUUCUAAAGGUUCUUUCUCUCUCUUUUCUCUUACUCUCUGCAAAAGAUUGCCACACCGCACGGCGGUUCAACCCCUUUAUCUCCCCGAAGGGCAGAGCGGAUUUUCCCCGGCAAGGUCUCAAAUGGAAGCUAGAUAAUUGAUUUGCUAUCAUAAAGGUAUAACGUUUUUUUUCCUGCCUUGUUUCUCGAGAUAUUUGGCGUUUUCUGAGGCAUUGUCUCGAUCACCAUUAGUGCUCUCCGUGGUCUUUGUCCCGCGUUUCUGAAGGUCCUUUCUCUCUCUUUUCUCUUGCUCUCUACAAAAGAUUUUAAAACUUUUUCCUCCAGCAACCCUUCAAUUUGAACGGAGGCUUUUCAAAUUCGUUUCGCUUUCCACAAAGGAUCCAUUGGAUUUUUCGUAGUUAGAGGAGAGGAUAGCUAAUAAUAAAUCUACGUGCACUGCUGCUUGGCAUUCCUUUUCGAACUCGAAGCGAUCCUCGACGGUCGUGGUCUGUGCUACAGCUUGAGGCUUCAGUCAUUAGUAGCUGCUCUCGAUCUCAGUAGCUACGAACGUACGGUACACACGCUGCUGCCCGUUUUUUUGGUUCUGCGAUGGCUGCUGGCUGUUCCCCUUCUUCCCUGGCAUCAGAAUCGAUGGCAACCGAAUACAGAUGAACGAUCGGAUUCGCUGACUUUUUGGUACAACAAAUCAAAGAUCGUUUCAAGCAAUAAUUAUGACGCAGACGUGAUCCUCAACCCCUUCGAAACGAAAUUUAUGGCAUUUAUGCUGGCGUAAAAUCGAACAAAGAAACAAGAAAAAACCAUGACUGUGGAGAAAAUUACUAAAUCUGUGAAGAUUAGCAGUUGUCCAUGAAUUGUAUUUUGUUAAUUUGUUGUUUGAGUAAGAAUCCUUUCUGAUGCACGAAACUUUUGCUGUUUUCUAUCUCUCAAUUUCUUAAGUGCUUUGUUGCUGUAGUGUUUUAAAAGCUAAUUGUGACGAAGAUAUGUUACCAGGCCCUCAAAUGAAAUAACUGUGUAAUUAUUUUAAUUCUUUGGAGUUUAGAUCAGAAAUCGUUAACAUUUUUUAUGAAUCAACAUACUUUUUUAGGAAUUUUUAUUCUUAAGAAAUUUUCAGAUGAUGUUUGUCUAAACGAGCACCAUGGACCAAUAACGGCUAACAGGAAUAUUGUGUUGGAAAAUUUUAAUAUUUGAUUCAGAAUAAACAGGGAGCUUUGAGGGUGGCCCGCAAUUAUGUCUUAAAACAGCAUCACAAGUGAACAAAGAUUGAACGAAGUGCUUUAAAAUGAACAUUACAGCUCUAAGAAUGACCUUAGAAAAUAUUUAAAAAAAGCCCCUUUAAGUCGACAAGGGCUAAGAGUGUACGACUAGAAAAUUUUAAAAUUUGUUGGAGAACUUUAAAAUUUGAUUCUGACUAAAUAGGAGAACUUUUAGGAAUAACCCAUGAAAUUAUGUCAACGAGGAUUAAUAAUUGGUGGGGGCAGGCAGAAGCAUGUUGUUGUCAAGCUUUAAAGUAGAAUUCAGAAUAAUAAGCAGAGCUUUUAGAUAAGCCUGCAAAGUAUUUCAACGAUUCAUCGAGAGAUAAAAAAAGAUGGACACUUAAAAACAUUGCAAUUAGAAUAAACAGGAGAAAUGAAGAGGGUAACACGUGAAAAUAUUUAAACGAGGACCACGAAUAGACCGGGGCUUGCAAAAUGUUUUUAAACAUAUUUCAA